CGCCCGAUCCCGCGACUCCAGCGCCGCUUCCCGGGAAGUUUCAAGUUUGAAAGCCCUGACGGAGGGGCCAGGGCUUCCGGAACUGGAGUGGUCGAGAGGAGGGGCCGUGCGGCGGGAGCGGCGCCAUGGAGGAGGGGGCGCCGCAGCAGCCCGGGGUGGCCCAGCGGCCCCCAGAGGAUGAGAAAGAGGUGAUCCGCCGGGCCAUCCAGAAGGAGCUGAAAAUCAAGGAGGGGGUGGAGAACCUGCGGCGGGUGGCCACAGACCGCCGCCACCUGGGCCACGUGCAGCAGCUGCUGCGGGCCUCCAACCGCCGUCUGGAGCAGCUGCAUGGGGAGCUGCGGGAGCUGCAUGCCCGCAUCCUGCUGCCCAGCCCCGGGCCUGGCCCGGCUGAACCGGCGGCCUCAGGACCUCAGCCACUGGCGGAGCAGCCAAGGGCCCGGCACCUGGAGGCUCUACAGAGGCAGCUGCAGGUAGAGCUGAAGGUAAAGCAGGGGGCUGAGAACAUGACCCACACGUACGCCAGUGGCACCCCCAAGGAGAGGAAGCUCCUGGCAGCCGCCCAGCAGAUGCUACAGGACAGCCAGCUGAAGGUGGCCCUGCUGCGAAUGAAGAUCAGCAGCUUGGAGGCCAGCGGGUCCCCUGAGCCAGGUCCUGAGCUGCUGGUAGAGGAGCUGCGGCAUCGACUGCACGUUGAGGCUGCUGUGGCUGAGGGUGCCAAGAACGUGGUGAAGCUGCUUGGUAGCGGGCGAACACAGGACCGCAAGGUGCUGGCCGAGGCUCAGGCCCAGCUCCAGGAGUCCUCCCAGAAACUGGACCUCCUGCGGCUGGCCUUGGAGAAGCUACUGGAGGGGCUACCUCCUGCCCACCCUCUGCGUGGCAGAGUGGCCCGGGAGCUGCGGACUGCUGUGUCCAGGAACCCCCAGCCUUCAGGGACCCUUGUGAAGCCCACUGCCAUGACAGGGACGCUGCAGGUCCGCCUCCUGGGUUGUGAGCAGCUGCUGACAGCUGUGCCUGGACGUUCCCCGGUGGCUGCCCUGGCCGGGAGCCCUUCUCAGGGCUGGCUUCGGAGCAGGGCCAAGCAGCAGCGUGGAGGAGGCGAGCUGGCCAGUGAGGUGCUGGCUGUGCUGAAGGUGGACAAUCGUUUUGUAGGCCAGACGGGCUGGGGACCUGUGGCCAAGCAGUCCUGGGAUCAGACCUUUGUUGUUCCCCUGGAGCGGGCGCGAGAGCUGGAGAUCGGGGUACACUGGCGGGAUUGGCGGCAGCUGUGCGGCGUGGCCUUCCUGAGGCUGGAGGACUUCCUGGACAAUGCCUGUCACCAGCUCUCCCUCAGCCUGGUGCCGCAGGGGCUGCUCUUUGCCCAGGUGACCUUCUGUGACCCUGUCAUUGAGAGGCGACCCCGGCUGCAGAGGCAGAAACGCAUUUUCUCGAAACGCAGAGGUGGAAUGGAGACGGCUGUGCGAGUAGGGAGCAGGGGAUCAGGGCCGGGGUGGGCAGGAGACCCCGGGACUGAGCCCCCUUUUGCCCCAGGUCAGGACUUCCUGAGGGCUUCCCAGAUGAACCUCAGCAUGGCCGCCUGGGGGCGCUUGGUCAUGAGCCUGCUGCCCCCCUGCAGCUCCCCAAGCACAAUCAGCCCCCCCAAAGGGUGCUCGCAGACCCCAGCCACACCCCCGGGGGCAGACGACCCUGCCUCGCCCAGUAAUUUCCCACCCAAGAAGACCCCCUUGAGAGAAGAGAUCCAACCCCCACCUAAGCCCCCGCGCCUCUACCUGCCCCAGGAGCCUCCCCCCGAGGAGAUGCCGCGCACCAAACGCCCUCACAUGGAGCCCAGGACUCGACUUGGACCAUCUCUGCCCGCCUCAGCCACCAGGAAAGCCCCCCGGCUUCAGGACUUCCGCUGCUUGGCUGUGCUGGGCCGGGGACACUUUGGGAAGGUCCUCCUGGUCCAGUUCAAGGGGACGGGGAAAUACUAUGCCAUCAAAGCCCUGAAGAAGCAGGAGGUGCUGAGCCGGGAUGAGAUAGAGAGCCUUUACUGUGAGAAGCGGAUCCUGGAGGCCGUGAGCCGCACGGGGCACCCCUUCCUGCUCUCCCUCCUUGCCUGCUUCCAGACCUCCAGCCAUGCCUGCUUCGUGACUGAGUUUGCACCAGGUGGUGACCUCAUGAUGCAGAUCCAUGAGGAUGUCUUCCCUGAGCCCCAGGCCCGGUUCUACCUGGCCUGUGUGGUCCUGGGGCUGCAGUUCUUACAUGAGCAGAAGAUCAUUUACAGAGACCUUAAGUUGGAUAAUCUUCUACUGGAUGCCCAGGGUUUCCUGAAGAUUGCGGACUUUGGGCUCUGUAAGGAAGGGAUCGGCUUUGGGGACCGGACAAGCACUUUCUGUGGCACCCCGGAGUUCUUGGCCCCCGAGGUGCUGACCCAGGAGGCCUACACGCGGGCUGUGGACUGGUGGGGGCUGGGCGUGCUGCUCUAUGAGAUGCUGGUGGGUGAGUGCCCGUUCCCAGGGGACACUGAAGAGGAGGUGUUUGACUGCAUUGUCAACGCGGAUGCCCCAUAUCCCCGCUUUCUGUCGCUGCAAGGGCUCGAUCUCAUUCAUAAGCUCCUCCAGAAGUGCCCGGAGAAGCGCCUGGGGGCGGGCGAGCGGGAUGCCGAGGAGAUCAAGGCACAGCCUUUCUUCAGGACCACCGACUGGCAGGCCCUGCUCGCCCGUGCCGUCCGGCCCCCCUUCGUGCCCACCCUCUGUGGCCACACAGACCUGCGCUACUUCGAGGGCGAGUUCACGGGGCUGCCGCCUGCUCUGACCCCACCUGACCCUCGCAGCCCCCUCAGUGCCCGCCAACAGGCUGCCUUCCGGGACUUCGACUUCGUGUCCGAGCAAUUCCUGGAGCCCUGAGGGCCUCCUGGCACCUCCAACCCCUGUACCCCUAACAGCUAGAGCCUCCGCUCGCCCACCAGGGCACCCUGCCCAGAGGCCCAGGCCUGGCCCGCUACUUAGGAGCCCUUGGGACUUCAUGUGCCAGCCACAGGGCUGUUGUCAUGGGCUUCACUCAGUCACUGGGCCAAGUGCUGCCUGCCCCCAUCCUGCCGACCCUUCCUCUACCCUCUGCGACACCUGGACCAUAAUGGGUGGCACAGCAAGCAGUGGUUUGGGUUGUUUUUUUUAAUAUUUGACUUGCUUUAUGAAUUAUUAAAGUUAUAAAACUGUG